AGAAAGGAAGCUUCGGUUUCUCUUUGGGGAGCCGUCCUCCAGCACAGCUGAGAAAAUACGGGGGAAGGGGGAGCCCGGAGGAAGGACUUCCAGGACGGCUGGGCGAGCGCCAGGAGGGGGCUGCCUCCGUCCCCUGGACUUUGCUCUGCGUCCCAGCACGCGCCCUCCCUCCCCAGGGACUUGCCUUCUCCAUGGGUUUCCUCUGGCUGGCCGUGUUUCUGAUGCUCGUCUCCUGCCUGCUGCACACGGACCAGGAUGCAAACUCACCGAUUAAGAACUUAAGGAUGGAGCCGAGAAGUCGAAGAUUGACCUGGGACCUCAAUGGAAAUGUUACUGAAAUUAAGUGUUUUGACACUCCAAAUUAUCCCAUAAAGGCAAAAAACAACCGCUAUUGUGAGUUUCGUGUGCUUCCUUCAUGCAAAGCAAAGAACUACACGGUCAACAUCACCAGCAGUCAGAGCUUCUCAACGUCGAUUUUGUACCCAGAGCAAGAAGGGAAGCCUGGGGCAGCUGCCGAGAACCUGAAGUGCUGGGUUCACGACGUGGAUUUCCUGACGUGCAGCUGGACGGUGGGCAGGGAGGCCCCCAGCGACGUCCAGUAUCGCCUCUACGUGGAGAACCUGAAGACCCACGAGGAGUGGCAGUGUGCACGUUACAGAGCGGACGAGCGGGGGACACACACCUGGUGUCAUUUCGAUGACGUCUCCAGAUUCUCCGACCGUUUCUACCGGUUCUUGGUGAAUGGCACCAGCCGAGGCUCCGGAAUCCCCUGCUCUGAGAUUUUUGAAGAAUUAUCAGAAAUUGAGAGAUUAAGCCCACCCAACGUCACGGGAUGGUGUAAUAAAACCUACGCUCUCAUGGAGUGGAGAACGUCAAGCCACUUCACUCGAAGAUUUAACUACGAACUUCAAAUACAAACGGGCACAGAUCCUGCCUACACAACACAGGUCCUGAAAGAAAACUUCUUUGUGCUAAGCAAUCCCGGAACCUACACCGUGCAGAUAAGAACCCAGGGUUUCUUCACCAAAAUCCUAAGCGAGUGGAGUGACCCCAAACGCUUUGUGUGCGACCCGGAGAAGGAGGGCGCGGGCCUCCGCGUCUGGCUGACCGCUUCGCUGACCGCGCUGGGCACGCUGCUGGCUCUCGGGCUCCUGCUCCUCCUCUGCAGAAGGUACUCGGUGACGCAGAAGCUGUUCCCCCCCAUCCCCCGCAUGAAGGACCACAUCACCGACCACCUGCAGAACAAGCUAAUGGUCUGGGAGGCCGGCAAAGCCAGCCGGGAGGAGUGUCCGGUGGCCGAGGUGCAGGUUCUGGGGGAAACGUGAAGCCGGAGGCCAGGCCUUGUUCUCGGGGGCGACCAGGCGCAGUUGGACGAAUGGACGUUGUGACCGGAGAGAGGGGGGACCCCAGUGCAGCGUGCGCAGAGCUGCCACUACGAAGAAAGACAAAACCCUGUAUUGUGCUCACUUCCUAAAUAAAAAGCUUUUUCACUCACUCCCGGGCCGGGAGUUGGGA